AUGUAUAUACUCAACAAAGGACUUUUUCCAAACCUUACAAAUGUUCCGAAACAUGAGCCGAAGAAAGAGGAGGAAACUGGUCCCUUUCCUAAAGGACUCAUUUCUGUGCGUCCAAAAAUUGUUGCCAGGACUGAUGUAGUCAUCUUUUUGGAUGUCCAGGGUUGCCCAUCCUUGACUUCCUUCACUUCCUUGAUCAACCUAUCUCUUCAGGGCAAGGGUUAUUAUGGUGAUGUGUCAGUCAGGGCUUAUCGUGACAGGGAAGAGUCUAAUAUCCAAUUGUCUGACGACAUUAACGAAGUCAUUGUCAUAACCAACAGAGAGCAUGAAGAUGCCAAGUUCACUAGGAUGCUGCUCGACAUGCUUUUUUGGUCCAUGAACACGGACGAACCAACUCAUUUCAUGCUGAUUUCUAGACCAGCUAAAUACAUGGCCAAGUGGGACCAUGUUGUUCGAGUUUUGGAAGCUUCAGGCUCUGAUGUGAUCUUUGGACCCUCCGAGAUCCAAUUACCAUUCUGGAGUCACAGCUUUGACUUACUUUGCAAAGGCUCACCACAUGGACUAGCUCUCCCUAUACGGGAUGAAGGACCAAGAGAUCCAAAACUAUUAAAUUUUAAAACUGCGGAUCAAAUAGGAAUCUUCUGGGUCGUUGAGGAGUUUCCAUCCAAUCCCAUGGUAGUCAAUUUCAUUUACUCGAGUAUGGAAGAAACCAUGCAGAAGAAGGGUUACCUUGGUAGUGUAUCUCUUAUGGCCUAUGUCAAUGAACGAAAGCUGAUGGAUGUCCCCACGAAAGCCGGAAUGAGUAUCUCCUAUCUACCGGAAGGGAAUAAAUAUGAAAGAGUUGCUCAGAUCUUGGCGGAUAUUCUUAUCUUCGCAAGGAAGAAUGUUGGUGAAGGAUCAUCUUUGAUUCUAGUCUCAAAACCCUUCAAAGAUGCCAAGUUUGACAGUGUCUGUGAAUCUUUGAGAGACCAAGGCUUCAAUGUUUGCCGUGCAGACUUGGAUUACAUGGUGACAUUUGGAACUGCAGCCUGGUCUUCUAGAAGAAUGGUAGCUGGAUACUGUCUAUGUGACAUGUGCCUUUCUUAUAUCAGAAUGGCUCCUUCUGAAUGCAAACAUGUUUAG